AUGUCGACAUCGGCGCACCAGUCCGGGUUUCAGACCACCAUCGAUAUUGCCCGGAGACAGACUCAUCAGGUAGCAUCCAUCGCGGGACAGAAGCGUCCUUCAGAGGACGUGUCAGGCCCAGUCGCAAAACAGGUUGUGGUUCGUGGGCGAAACGCUGACUCGGACCCCCUGUUGGAAUCAACACCGUUUGAGUCUGCCCGGAACGUGCUCACCCCGGUCAAUCGUUUUACAGCAAGUAAGAUCCACCUCGGUGCUGGCGCAGGCGUCAGCGAGGCGCAGAAUGAGGAUCGUCAAAAGGCAGCAACUGCCCCGCCCUCCAGUCAAAAUCCGUUGCUAUUUCUGGCCAAUCCGAAGUAUGGCUUGCCGCCGGCUCUGACGGCGAAUUUUGCCGCUCUGGGUGUGAGCAGCAUUUACCCCUGGCAGGCGUCGUGUCUGUUGGCGAAAGGUUUGCUUUCAGGAGAGCGCCAUUUGGUGUACACGGCCCCAACUGGAGGUGGCAAAUCGCUCGUUGCAGAUGUGUUGCUUCUGAAGCGCAUUAUCGAGAAUCCUGGUCGCAAGGCCCUUUUGGUCCUCCCCUAUGUGGCUUUGGUGCAGGAGAAGCUAAAGUGGAUGCGGCGCAUCGUUCAAGAUGUUGAGAAACACAUCCCCGAUGACGCGGAUUCUGACCUGCCUCACUGGCGACGGAAGCGACUGCAGAAAAAUGUCCGCGUGACGGGGUUCUUCGGGGGGAGUCGGACGACGGCCACCUGGGCCGAUACCGACAUCGCUGUUUGUACGAUAGAGAAGGCGAACUCUUUAAUCAACACCGCGAUCGAGGAUUGUAGCAUCGGGGACUUGGGAGUUGUGGUCCUCGACGAGCUACAUAUGCUCGAUGAUGAGAACAGGGGUUAUCUCCUGGAACUUAUGGUGACGAAGCUACUUUUGUUGCAACAGGAUAUCCAGAUCGUUGGAAUGAGCGCCACGCUUUCUAAUACCGAAAUGUUGGCGGAAUGGAUGAAAGCCAAAUUCUUCAUCUCGACCUACAGACCUAUACCCAUUGACGAGUAUUUGGUCUAUGAGAAUGGCAUAUACCCAGCCGCGACGUCCAGACAGCUAUUUCAAACAGCAUCUAAACUAGCCGCCGCCGCCUCACUACAUGACACCAUUCCACCGCACCGAGUUGUUGAGCCCUCUACAUUCAAGCAGCUUGGAAACUCUGCCAUAAAUUCCAUGGUCGCACUAGCAGUGGAAACUGCAAGUGCUGGAUUCGGCUCGCUGGUGUUCUGUGGCAGUCGCCAGGCAUGCCAGAUCCACGCAGCGACAAUUGGCGAGGCUAUGCCACCGCCAACACAAGAAGAACUCCACAAGCGACUCGAUCUUCUAGCGGAGCUGCGCAGUCUUUCAUGCGGACUAGAUCCCGCCCUGGAAACAACAAUCGCAAGAGGGACUGGUUUCCACAAUGCCGGAAUGACCACGGAAGAGAGGGAGCUUAUUGCACAGGCUUGCGACCAGGGGGUUAUCAAAGUUCUCGUUGCCACUUGCAGUCUCGCCGCUGGUGUUAAUCUUCCUGCGCGACGGGUCAUCAUAAAUGGCGCGAGAAUGGGCCGAGAGCUAGUAGGACCCGCGAUGCUUCGCCAAAUGUGUGGUCGUGCGGGCCGCAAAGGCAAAGAUAACGCCGGUGAGACGUAUCUAAUAUGCGUGAAAGCGGAUAUGCAAGCCGUGUGUGAUUUGUUAGACGCCGAUAUGCCGGCCAUAGAGAGCUGUCUAGCACCGGAGAAAAGGGGCCUAAAGAGAGCACUGCUAGAAGCCAUAGCAACCGGAUUGGUUUCCGGCUGCGACGCAAUCAAGGAAUAUGUCCAGUGUACUUUAUUAUAUCGCACGCUGGACAAGAAACUCGCAUACAGCAUCAUGAACUCCGCGCUGCAAGAAUUGGUCGACGAAGAACUUCUCAUCUUCCGAGACGACGAGUCAUACCAAGCCACGCCACUAGGACAGGCCAUCGUUGCUUCGGCAUUCUCACCGGAAGACGGCCUAUUCGUGCACGAAGAGCUCAAACGCGCCCUCCAAGCCUUCGUCAUGGACGGGGACAUGCACAUAUUCUACAUGUUCACACCUCUCCAAGCAGCCAUGAACACACCGAUUGACUGGCAAAUCUUCCGCGACCAGGUAGAUCGACUAGACGAGAGCGGUCUACGCGCACUUCAAUUCGUUGGCGUACAGCCCGGCUUCGUAAACAAAAUGGUCCAAUCCGGAGCCUCUCUUAAAGAAACAGACCCCAAUCAGAUUAAACAAGCACGAAUAUACCGCCGCGCAUACACUGCCUUCCAAUUACGCGAUCUAAGCAACGAGGUCCCAAUCUCAACCAUCGCAACCCGCUACAAGAUCCCACGCGGCACAGUCCAGACCCUCGCACAACAAUGCCACGGCUUCGCGGCUGGUAUUGUCAAGUUCUGCCAACGUAUGAACUGGGGCAUGCUAGCUGCCGUGCUGGAUCAUAUGCGUGAUCGACUUGAGGCCGGCGCUCGUGCAGAUCUACUGGAGAUGGCGCAAGUGACUUUUGUGAAAAGUUGGACUGCACGCCUCUUACGGGAGAAUGGUUUCAAGAAUCUUAGGGCUUUGGCGGAGGCUGAGCCUAAAGACUUGAUCCCUAUAUUGAAAAUGGUAUGCUGGUCUCUAGCAGAGGCUUGA